AUGGAUGUGCUUCUUGACAUCCUCGACACAUACGUGUUCGACAGAUUCUAUGCGGCGAUUUUACCAGCGACGAAUCCUGUUACGGCAUCGGCGGGCACAUACAAUAAACAUAUUGGUCUCUACUAUCCGCUACCACCGUCUCCGUAUGCAGAUAGCAGUACAUGGAAACGAGAUGAUAUCGUGCGACAGACGAUGUCCUUAUUCCUAAUCGGAUGGAUCUUCGCAACGGCAUUAUACCUCAUCGGCAGCACAAUAAUCUACCACACACUCUUCGAUAAGCGCGUAAUGCGCCACCCCCAUUUCCUCCCUAACCAAAUCCGCCAAGAAAUCCGCCAAGGCAUCACCUCCAUCCCCGUAAUCGCCGUACUCACGGCCCCGUUCUUCCUCGCCGAAGUACGCGGCUGGACCAAGCUCUACGACUUCGCCGACGAGGCCCCCUUCCGCGCCUACAAUUGGCUGCAGUAUCCGCUGUUCGUGUGUUUCACGGAUUGUGGCAUUUACUGGAUUCAUCGGGGAUUGCAUUACCCGCCGGUGUAUCGGUGGUUGCAUAAGCCGCAUCAUAAAUGGAUUAUGCCGAGUCCGUUUGCGAGUUAUGCUUUUCAUCCGGUUGAUGGGUGGUCGCAGAGUAUUCCGUAUCAUGUUUAUCCGUUGCUGUUUCCGUUGCAGAAAAGUGCGUAUUUGGGGCUUUUUGUCUUUGUCACUAUGUGGACGGUUUUUAUUCAUGAUGCCGAGUAUCUUUCGCAGUCUGUCGUUGUUAACGGUGCGGCGUGUCAUACCAUGCAUCACCUGUACUUCAACUAUAACUAUGGUCAGUUCUUGACGUUCUGGGAUCGGUUGAAUGGGACAUACCGCACGCCGAAGGAGGAUGGAUUCAUACAAAACGAGAAUCGCAAGGCUCAAGCUCUGAAGCAGGCUUGA